GCGCGCUCAUCUGGCAACUCUUACACUAUCCAUUCUUCGUCUUCAUGGCUUUGUUUGGGGAAAUUCUCGUCACUGGCAAGACUCAACUUCAGACGAAUCAGAAAUCUUUGGAAUGUAUGGAACAUCUGCCGGCAUUUCUCAAUCCGCUUCGACGUCGCACACCACUUGCGGCGAAGAUGGAGAGCAUUGCAACUCGCGUUCUCGAGCAGGCUAGGGUGUGGUUGGAUGGUCAUGGCGAUGCAGCUGCUCAACCUUCUUCUGGCGACGAAGCGAGAAAUCAAACUUCGACGGCACCGGUAGAAACGACGACGAGUCCUUUGAUGGCGCUUUUGACGCCUGCGGCUACGACAGAUGCCUCCUCUGCAUACGAUCUUGGCAGUAUCGACAUGCAGACCGAUAACCUCUACUCGUGGGACGAUGACUUCUUGUUCAACGGUGCGACCGACUGGUUCAAAUUCGAUGAAGCAGUAGUGUGAUAGGUAUGCGCUACGGAAAGUUGUAGGACGUCUACAGCUUGGUCGGAUGGGCUGCGAUGGAUCUUUACGCAGCUCACACGCCCAUGUCUAUUGCGAUACUCUAGGAAGGCAAACACUGUACUGUUGUGGUAUUCAAAAGUCUAUGCUAUACAUGUACGACCUACUAGCUGAGAACAUGCAUGUGGCUUCUAGGUAGCAAACUGCGCUGGUAAAUCGACAGUGGUAUGCAAAGCAAAGUCUAGAUUAG